AUGGCAUCGAGAGCAGCCUCCCGUGUCCCCGGUUCCAUCGCCAGCCUCGCACUCGUCCGCUCCGCCGGGCCUCAGACCCUCCGCCAUCCUCUCCCCGCCACGGCCGCUGCCGCCUCCCUACGCCUCUCGUACGCGGCAUUCUACACCGCCUUCUCCCCAGUCUCCUCGCCGCGACCCUUCUCCGCAACAUCUCAUGCCGCCGCCCACGCCAUCCCCCGGCCUCCCCGUCCAGCAACCGUCCGUCCCCGGUCCCAGGCCGCGGCCGAGAUCAGUCCCGGCAACGAGGACCCCCUCGUCGGUGAAUCCGAGAGCAGAGCCGACGGCGGCAACGAGAGUCCGCGCCCGCCGCGCCCUCGGAACGCCCCCUAUUAUCAAAUCACCUUCACCUGCGUCCCCUGCGGUCACCGCUCCCACCACAACGUCUCCAAGCAGGCCUACCACAAGGGCUCGACCCUCAUCACCUGCCCCGGCUGCCGCAACAGGCAUGUCAUCAGCGACCACCUCAACAUAUUCGGCGACCGCAAAAUCACCGUCGAGGACCUCAUGAGGGAAAAGGGCAACCUGGUCAAGAGAGGCAGCUUGGGCGAGGACGGGGAUAUCGAGUUUUGGCCCGAUGAUGCCGCCGAGUCGUCUGCGAGUGCCAAGUCGGGUUCGGAUACGCCUUGA